CCAUGUAUGGAAGCAAAAGCAGAAAAGCACAGAUAAGCUGAGACACAGCUAUGCAAACCAUGUUUAGAGACACUUAAAGGACAAGCUCCUUUCUUUCGGGUAAAUUUAGAGAAGCCAUCGUAUGAGGUCCUUUUUCCAUUCAGCCUUGCACACAGCUACUGAGACUUACCAGCGGUGAGUGAAAUCAAUGUAGGAAGACGUUUGGGAGCUGGACACACAGAGCUAUCAUGUUGCGGUUAAGUCAUUCACCUGCUUUUCCUGAAGGCUUUCACCUUUUAAGCAUUGUGACCCUCUUGCUCUGCCAUGUGGACAAAGCCUAUGCAGAAAGUCCGACUGAAGAAGAAGAGCCAAACAAUGCUACAGAUUGUACUGGCACAUAUACUUGCAAAAAAGGUGUCAUUUUACCUAUCUGGGAGCCCCAAGACCCGUCAUUUGGCGAUAAAAUUGCGAGAGCUACUGUCUAUUUUGUAGCCAUGGUGUACAUGUUCCUAGGUGUCUCCAUCAUAGCUGACCGCUUCAUGUCCUCUAUAGAAGUCAUCACGUCCCAAGAGAGGGAGAUUACCAUCAAGAAGCCCAAUGGUGAGACCAGCAAAACCACAGUGAGGAUUUGGAACGAGACUGUGUCCAACCUAACCCUGAUGGCGUUGGGUUCGUCAGCCCCUGAGAUCCUGCUUUCUGUUAUUGAAGUAUGCGGCCAUGGCUUCCAUGCAGGGGAUCUGGGCCCGAGCACCAUCGUGGGAAGUGCUGCCUUUAACAUGUUCAUCAUAAUCGCGAUCUGUGUCUAUGUGGUGCCGGAUGGAGAAAUAAGGAAGAUUAAGCACCUGCGAGUGUUUUUUGUGACGGCAGCAUGGAGCAUCUUUGCCUACACUUGGCUUUACCUUAUUUUAUCUGUCAUAUCACCUGGGGUUGUGGAGGUCUGGGAGAGCUUGCUCACUUUCUUCUUCUUUCCCAUUUGUGUGGUGUUUGCCUGGGUGGCAGACCGAAGGCUUUUAUUUUACAAGUAUGUCUACAAGAAGUACAGGGCUGGCAAACAGCGUGGCAUGAUCAUUGAGCAUGAGGGCGACAGACCGUCAUCCAAAGCUGACAUUGAAAUGGACGGCAAAGUGGUUAACUCCCAUGUGGAGAACUUCUUAGAUGGCACGCUGGUUCUGGAGGCGGAAGAGAAGGACCAAGAUGACGAGGAAGCCCGGAGGGAAAUGGCUAGAAUCCUGAAGGAGCUGAAGCAGAAGCACCCUGACAAAGAAAUCGAACAACUGAUUGAGCUAGCUAAUUACCAGGUUCUGAGCCAGCAGCAAAAGAGCCGAGCCUUUUAUCGCAUUCAGGCCACCCGGCUGAUGACGGGCGCUGGCAACAUUUUGAAGAGACAUGCCGCGGAUCAGGCCCGGAAAGCUGUCAGCAUGCAUGAGGUCAACUGUGAAGUGGUGGAAAAUGACCCCGUCAGUAAGAUCUACUUCGAGCAGAGCACCUACCAGUGUCUGGAGAACUGCGGCACGGUAGCUUUGACCGUCGUCCGCCGAGGUGGCGACUUGGUCCACGUUGUGCACGUUGACUUCAGAACAGAAGAUGGCACAGCCAACGCAGGGUCUGAUUACGAGUUUACUGAGGGAACAGUGGUCUUCAAGCCAGGCGAGACACAGAAAGAAAUCCGUGUUGGCAUCAUUGACGACGAUAUCUUUGAGGAGGAUGAGAACUUCCUGGUUCACCUCAGCAAUGUGAAAGUGAGCACAGAGGGGCUGGAUGAAGGCAUUCUGAAGGCCAAUCUCGUCCCUACGCUUGCCUGUCUGGGGUCGCCCUCCACUGCCACCGUUACCAUCUUUGAUGACGACCAUGCAGGAAUCUUCACCUUUGAGGAGCCAGUCACGCACGUGAGCGAGAGCAUUGGCACCAUGGACGUGAAAGUGCUGCGGACAUCCGGCGCACGAGGAAAUGUUAUCGUGCCCUACAAAACCAUCGAAGGCUCGGCCAGAGGAGGCGGAGAGGACUUUGAAGAUACUUGUGGAGAGCUUGAGUUCCAGAACGACGAGAUUGUCAAAACCAUAUCAGUCAAAAUAAUUGAUGAUGAGGAGUAUGAGAAAAACAAGACCUUCUACCUUGAGAUUGGGGAGCCCCGGCUGGUGGAGAUGAGUGAGAAGAAAGCCCUGUUGUUGAAUGAGCUUGGUGGCUUCACAAUAACAGGGAAACAUCUGAAUGGCAAACCUGUCUUCAGGAAGGUCCAUGCUAGAGAGCAUCCAAUUCCCUCUACUGUAAUCAGCAUUCAAGAGGAGAAUGAAGAGAAACAGCCACUGACGAGCAAAGAGGAGGAAGAGCGCCGCAUUGCAGAAAUGGGACGCCCAGUGCUGGGAGAACACACCAAACUAGAAGUCAUUAUUGAAGAAUCCUAUGAGUUCAAGAAUACUGUUGACAAGCUCAUUAAGAAGACAAACCUAGCCCUUGUGGUUGGAACCAACAGCUGGAGAGAACAGUUCAUUGAAGCUAUCACAGUCAGCGCUGGUGAGGAUGACGACGAUGAGGAAUGUGGGGAAGAGAAGCUGCCCUCCUGCUUCGAUUAUGUGAUGCACUUUCUGACUGUCUUCUGGAAGGUCCUUUUCGCCUUCGUUCCCCCGACAGAUUACUGGAAUGGUUGGGCCUGCUUCGUUGUCUCCAUCCUAAUGAUUGGCUUACUGACGGCUUUCAUCGGGGAUUUGGCAUCCCACUUUGGCUGCACCAUUGGCCUGAAGGAUUCAGUGACUGCAGUUGUGUUUGUUGCACUGGGAACUUCAGUGCCAGACACUUUUGCCAGCAAAGUGGCAGCUACUCAGGAUCAAUAUGCUGAUGCCUCCAUCGGGAACGUCACUGGGAGCAAUGCCGUGAAUGUUUUCCUGGGGAUCGGCGUGGCCUGGUCCAUUGCCGCCAUCUACCAUGCAGCAAACGGGGAGGUGUUCCGUGUCUCCCCUGGCACCUUGGCUUUCUCUGUCACCCUCUUCACCAUUUUUGCUUUUAUAAAUGUGGGCGUCCUGCUUUAUCGGCGGAGACCUGAGAUUGGAGGUGAGCUGGGCGGGCCACGGACUGCCAAGCUUCUGACAUCAUCCCUGUUUGUGCUCCUUUGGCUCUUGUACAUAUUGUUCUCAUCUCUGGAAGCCUACUGCCACAUAAAGGGCUUCUAAAGGAACCCUCAGAGAUAGUAAAUAUAUUGCUAGAGAUCUAUAUGUAUCUAUAUAGAAAGCUAUAUAGGUAUAGAUAGAGAUACAACAUUGUGUAUAAUGAACAGAGGAGAAAGAAAAGACAUUUGCCAUGUUCACUUACCUGCUGAUGGAAUGCAGCUUGCAGCAUUCUUUGUACUAGGUAGGAGUAAGAACUCAGCAAGAUUCCUAACCAGGGGUUGCAGCAUAUUAAUGAAGGCACGGAUGCAGAGCCAUCUUUGCAACACUACCUACAAGAGCAUAUGAUACUGACUUUAUUGUUGCUCCCAUUGUGCCCCCCAGGGAGGAUUGAUCUGAAUGUAAUCUGGGCUUUCCAGUAAUGACGGAGCCAGAAUAGCUGUUAAGAAGUCAAGUUGUGGAGGGAAGGUGAGAUACAGGGGACUUCAUGACUUUCUUACAAAAAUCUAUUGGCCUUCAUAUACUGAGGACAUGCAGAUCUGUCCCCUCUGAAAACAAGUCUGGACUGAGGAAGAAAGUUCAGGGAUUCAAGAGCUUUCUUCCAAUAGGAUGGAAACCCCACUGCUGUUCUUGCUUGAUGCCCCAUUUAUUAUUCAGUUGUUAGAGUGUUGACCUGUUGAGAGUCACAAGAACAGUGUGAGCUUUUUCCUUAAUUUUUUGGCUGUGUUAUGAUCAGCAUGCCGUCCCCCCCACACCUUAUCAACAAAAUUAGUGAGCCUGCCCUCCCUACCCAACCCAUGGUGUGCCUUGCAGGCAUCUGCCCAAACCCUUUGUCUCAAGUCUCUAUUUUCAUUCUGACAAUCUUGUGAGUUUUACUUUUGUUGCCACCCAUUCCCUGCCCAGCCUCUAGUGCAUUGCUCUUGUCUCCUAUUCCUGUUUAGGAAUGCUGUUGUGGUACUUGUAACACUUUGCAUGAAUGAAGUAACCCAUAUUUGUAUAUAGCAUUGUAUAGCAAUAGUCCAUUCAGCAAUGUGGAUCAGAUGCUGAAGAAGUGAGUGAGUUUUCUUUUCACUCAGGUUUGGGUUUGGUUUUUUUUCUCAAUGGGAUAAGGGAAAGUGGCUAACCUUUUAGCACUCUACACAGAGGUUUUUAAGAAGCAAUAACAAAGAAUUGUGCAGCUAUAGAUGCUAAUGGGAAGAAUCUGUGCAAAAUGUGUUAUAUAUGCUUAUAGAGUGAAAUCCUGGCUCUAUUAAGUCAAUGGCAAAAUUCCCAUUGACUUCAGAGGGGCAGGGAUUUACCCAUAUGGGAUGGUCCAGGACUCACUGAUGUCAAUACAAAUACUUUCAUUGACUUUUGUAGGUUCUGCAUCAGGUCUAUAAAGUUUAAAAUAUCAUUUGAAGGGCCAGAGCCUGCCACCUUUGCUCAUGCGGUGCAGCACCUGGUGCUGGACACUGUCGGUAGACAGGAUACUGGGUUAGAUGGACCUUUGGUCUGACCCAGUAUGGCUGUUCUUAUGUUCUUAUGUUCUAACUUUGCCCCACGACUAGUUGCUUUGAACACAGUCAGGUUAAGUACCAGUCAUCCAGGGCAUGAGUGGCAGCCUCAGUCCCUGAAUAAACAAGCCAUGCCUGGGUUGUGUAAGCAUCAGUUUUUCCCAGUGCCUAUUUUACAUCUUCUCUGGCUGCAUUAGAUAGCAGAUAUCUUUGGUGUUUGCAAGAAGCAGCUGUAGAACCCCCAGGCUCAAUUUCUGUUCUCCUGGUCACCAUCUCUCAUGGGUAGCUUCAGCCCUAACAUUAAUGUGUGAACAUUAAGCCAAAGGCGAUUGACAGGACUUUUCAACUGCAUCUCCUCUGGGGCAGCUUGAGGACUGAAGAAGUCAAUGAUGAGGUUGGAGGAAUGUAACUUCUCCAAGAUCCCAAUGGUCAAAGCAUUCCCACCAGAUAUCAGGGUGAAUCUUGCAUUGUCCAGCAGCAAUUGCAUUUAACACUAGACAUUACUAUCCUGGGGUGCACCAACAGUGUGCUCGGCUCUGUACAGUGCAUGGGUGGCAAGACAGUCCCCACCCUGGCGGUGUUGUGGUGUCAAAAGCAGGCAUUAUCAGCGUCCCUAGAGGAAGAAGCCAUGCUAGCUGAUCUGGUUUUUCCUUCAUUAUCUUGCACUGUGUGACUCUUUCAUUUUCCAUGUGUGUUCCCCUUGGAAGCAAUGGCUCUGUAGAAGGGAUUGGAACCAGGAGAAGGUGGGGUCUGACGCAUUGGGACUGAGGGGGCAUUUUAUGCAUACUUGGCCUCAGGGAAGGAGCUGUUGGAAGAAAUGGAGGGAGGGGAGCCAUGGCUGGCAGUGCUCGCAGAGCAAAAGGGUCAGUGGGGCUGCAAGGGGGUAGUCCGGAUCCCAGAGCUAGGCCAAGACCGAGUUCAGCAGAGCCCUGAAGCUGAGGACAGGAAGGUCUGAAUUCAUGACAAUGGGUAAGGAACGGUGAAUUCAGGACAAGGCAGAGGGUAUCAGGUGGGAUGCCAGCCACAUAUUGAGUUUGAAUCUUAGGCCCUGAUCCUGCAAAGGGAUCUGCCCACAUGGACUCUCAACCCAUAGGCUGUCAUAUGAGGCAUGGUCAUUUAGCAGGAGAAUCUGCUAUGCCAGUCCAUGGGUACACAGUGUUGGAGCUGGGGAGUCUAAGACCCUCCCUUGGGCUGCAUGAGUCAGGGUCCUGAAGAAUUGCUGUCCCUUUGCUCUGAGAAGCACAGGCACACCCCCUCCAGGAGUGCACAGUGCCCCUAAGGGAGCAGGAAGGAGGCAGGUGAUGGCUUUACCUCCUAACCCCACAUAUGUCUGAUGGUAUCAUCCCUCGGUAUUAAAGUGUCCAGGCAGGACCAGUCCCAGCCCUUGUGACUGAGCACACCACACAGGUGCAUUCAAGAGCACGGGUCAUUUCUGCACAGAGCCGAUGACAAUUUCAUGGCCCAUGUCACCACUCUGUAAGAGCCCGACAUUUAUAUUUACGCUGAGAGGUCACCUGCACGAGUCACCCCAUGGAUUUCAGUGGGCAGUGCUGUGCAGCAAGAGGCGACUAGCAUGACCAAUGAGAAGCAAGAAGAAGUUUGGGAUGACAACCAUGGUCUUAGCGGCCUUUCUACCUUCCAUUUGAUUCCCCUAAGCUCAACAUAGUAAAGAUACUUUGAUACAGUCAUAUUUAAAAACAAAUGCUUCUAUACAACUGGCUCAAAUCCUUAGCUGAUGCGAAUCGGCAUCUCCAUGGGCCCCCAAGGAGUGAUGUCCAUUCACAUCAGAGGAGAAACUUUCCUUUUACAUUAUGAAUGAAGUAUCUAAGAGGGAAACUGCAGGGAUACUACUUGCAUUAGCAUUACUAGAUUUUUCAAUUCC